AGCAGCUGGUCAAGUUUGGAUUUCUGCGAAGCUCAGAGCUUUGCCUUUCUCUGAGGAAACUGUACAGUUUCGACCACUAUACACAAAUGGAUAUUUUUGUGGCUAUUUUACCAGUUCUACUCACAAUAAAACCAGUUUUAGGCUUUGGGAUAGAUCCCAAGUUACAAAUAGAUAUCAUCAAUGAACUGGACUUGGCAAAUGCAACUUUUGGAAUAACCCAGGUGGCUGGUCUUCACAACAACAGCAAAGCCUUCCUGUUUCGAGGUAAUGAACUGAAUGUGGAGAGAGCCGUGCAUGCUCCGGCUCACAUCACAGAGAAAGUGGUUCAGCUCUUCAGGAAUAAAAGUGAAUUCACCUUCCUGGCCUCCGUCCAACAAAAGUCCGCCACGUCAGGAGUCAUUUUCUCCAUCCACGAGUCUGAACACAGUUUCUUUGAGAUGGAGAGCAGCGGCCUCCGGGAGGAGAUUCGCUACCGCUACCGCUUCAGAGGGAAACCCCGCUCAGAGUCCUUCCCCUACAGGCUGGCCGACGGGCAGUGGCACAAGAUCGCUCUGUCCAUCAGCGCCACCCACCUGCUACUCCACAUCGACUGCAACAGGAUUUACGAGCGCGUGAUAGACCCUCCGCAGAUGGAGCUGACCCUGGGCAGCGGAGUGUGGCUGGGGCAGCACAGCCACAGACACGGCCUGUUUAAGGGUAUCAUUCAAGAUGUCAAAUUCAUCUUUACUCCAAAUGGAUACAUCACACAGUGCCCAAACUUGAAUCGCACCUGCCCGACUUGCAGUGAUUUCCUGAGCCUGGUACAAGGGAUCAUGGAUCUGCAAGAGCUGCUGGCUAAAAUGACACUGAAGUUGAAUUACGCUGAAUCAAGGCUGAACCAGCUGGAGAGCUGUCACUGUGAGAAGACCUGCAAGGUGAAUGGCGUGGUGUACCGGGACAACGAGAUGUGGGUCGAGUCCCAGAACUGCAGAAACUGCGCCUGCAAGAACGGUGUGGUGGAGUGCAGGAGAAUAUUCUGUCCCCCUGCCAACUGCUCAGCGGACACUCUCCCUGUGCAUAUCCAUGGCCAGUGCUGCAGGAAGUGCAGACCAAAAUGCACCUACAUGGGCAACAUCUUUUCAGAGGGACAGCGGAUUCUGACAAAGAGCUGUCGUGAGUGCAAGAACGGGAUGAUGGUGAGAGUGAUGGAGAGUUGUCCAAAUCUCAACUGCACGGUGAAGGAUCAGAUUCUGCCGGAAAACAGAUGCUGCAACGUCUGUAGAGGCUACGACUUCUGUGCCGAGGGACUUAACUGUGGAGAAAACGCCGUAUGCAAAAACCGGAAUAAUAAAGCAACGUGCGAGUGCAAGAGCGGCUUCGCAUCCAUCCACGGAGACUCCACGUACUGUGAAGAUAUCGACGAGUGUGCGACAAAGAUGCACUACUGCCUCGCCAACACUGUCUGUGUGAACCUCCCUGGAGGUCAUCGCUGUGACUGCCUGCCUGGUUUCAUCCGUGUGGACGACUUCUCUUGUACAGAGCACGACGAGUGUGCCAGCGAUCAGCACUCCUGCGACACCAAUGCCAUCUGCACCAACACUGUCCGCGGCCACCUGUGCACCUGCAAGCCAGGCUAUGUGGGAAAUGGAACCGUCUGCAGAGCGUUCUGUGAGGAGGGCUGUCGCAAUGGAGGAACCUGCAUAUCUCCCAAUACCUGCCUGUGUCCGUCCGGGUUCACUGGACGCCACUGUGAGAAAGACAUCGACGAGUGCACGGAGGGUCUCAUUCAGUGUCACAACCACUCACGCUGCGUCAACCUGCCCGGCUGGUACCACUGUGAGUGCCGGAGCGGUUUCCAUGACAAUGGGUCGUACUUGCUCGACGGGGGUUCCUGUGUCGACAUCGACGAGUGCGCGACGCAGACACACACCUGCUGGAACGAGUCCACCUGUGUCAACCUCCAGGGAGGCUUCGACUGCCUGUGCCCCACGGGGCCCGCCUGCACCGGCGAGUGCCCCCGAGUGGAGCAAGUCAAGCACAACGGCCAGGUCUGGAGUCUGCAGCAGGACCGCUGCACCUACUGCUCCUGCAAGGACGGGAAGGUGCUCUGCCGGAGGCUGCCGUGCGACUGUGCGAGCCGGACCCUGGACCUGUCCUGCUGCCCGGAGUGUGACGCUCAGCCGGCCGGCCAGUGCCUGCACCAGGGCGGACACACGCUCUACAGCAGCGGAGACAGCUGGGUCUACACCUGCCAGACAUGCCGCUGCCUGGAUGGCGAGGUGGACUGCUGGCCCCUGGCCUGCCCGGUCCUUCCCUGCGAGUACACCUCCAUGCAGGAGGGCGAGUGCUGCCCUCGCUGCGUGACUGACCCCUGCGUCGCCGACAACAUCGCCUACGACAUCAGGAAAACAUGCCUGGACACGUCCGGCCUCACGCGUCUGAGCGGAUCUGUAUGGACCGCUCCCGGCUCUCCGUGCACCACCUGCAAGUGCAAGAAUGGGCAUAUCUGCUGCUCGGUGGAGAUAGAAUGUCUCCAGAACAACUAGAUGGAACUCUCAUGGAAUACCUCCUAAUACAGAACUGGAAUACUCAUCUGGUUUAAAAAAAGAAAAGAAAAAUCCAACUCAUUUUUUUACACACCAGGCUAUUGCCAAAGUUUCCAUACCAGAAAAGUGACUGGAAGUUCAUUCUCAAGGGAACCGGUUGUUCUGCAGACUGUCACACAGGUGAGAAUCUGUAAAAGCCCAGGUGGACUGCACACCAAGGAAAGAACAGCCCUGGGUUUCCGUCCUCACCCUCCCUCUGUAAAUGUCACGUUAAAGCUUUUUGUCCGUUGUCUGAGGGGCAAAUUCAGAUAAAGAGAGCAAGAACACUCGGCCACAUUCGUUACUGUGGACAGCACCUGUGAGCAUACUUUUUGCAAAUUAAUUUUCACAAGCCAUAAUUUAUUUUCCAUUCUGUAAAUAUGAUCACAUUCAUAUCAACAAACUCCCCCAUCCCUGCCCAUCUCACUAAUUAAUGUUGCCUACAAAACAGAAACAGUCCCACCUCGAAUUUGUACGAGAAUUGUUAACAAGACUUAAAAUGGCCCCACUAAAUUGCCAUUGUACUUAGUGAGUGAUUUGUUCAUCCCCACCCCAAAAAGACACUUGUUGACAGAAACGAACGUACACUUUGCUAAGACUCUUUUAAUAAGUCAGCGGAGACAAGGUCGCGCCAGUGAAGGGGAGCAAAUGAAAGGCAAGCACUGACUCUUCCCAGUAGUGCUUUACUAAUUCUCCAUGCAGAGUGUGUUUAAGGGAGAGACAAGGGCCCUUGAUUUUCACAGAACAUUAGCAUACCCCUGACAGUGUGACAGCACGCCACCAGAAGAAUACAAUUAAAGAUAAGCCACACAGAUGGAGACUUUAUAUGCCAAUAGUUCAGGAGGGGGUCAGUCUUGUUUACUUAUUGGCUAGCUUAUUAAACGGGAAGGAAAACCGGCUUCUGCCUUCUACUGUGGAUUCACUCCGGAACACCCUGUUCUAAACUAUUCUCCUUAGUCAACCUACUGCUUACUGUAUGUCUAGGGUUGGCAGUCACGGGAUAUAUUUGAUAAUAUAAAGCUACGGGUCCAUAUGGAAGUCCUGUAGUGUGCGCCAUCUCUGUUUGUAAGUCCUGUAAACCAGACCAAUGCACUUGCUUUGGCGUAACCCACAGUGGUCUGCAAACAAUUAAGAGGUAAUGUCAGAUUUAUAGGUCAAUUUUUAAGUCUACCUGGAAUCUGUGUUUCAUCCUAUUUUUUCUCCCACACUUGCAGUAUGGUGGUGAAGUGAUGCAAGAUUCAUUUUCUGGGAAAUAUGAAAUUCUAUUUCAAAUGGCCGUGCGUCUUGCUGUGCAAUUUAUUGCAUAAUAACAUCUAUAAUUACUGUGAAUUGCUUACAAUUAUGUAUGAGGCUGGCUGAAAUGGCUACUGUUGGCCCAUUUUCUAUAGAAGCUUCUAAACUGUUCCGCACUGUAGAGAUUGGCAGUUCAUCCUUAAACGCCAUGGGUUUCUAUGUAUUCAAAAAACUCGCCAUGAUUUUUAUUACAGAGUAAAGGCUGGUCUACGCUUCAUGUCAUUGAACACAGUUUAGGAUAUAAAUAGCAUUUUCCUUUCUUAGCAACGGGCCCAAGCUGCUUUUAUGUAAAAUUCACAAGCCAAUGAGCAUUGCAGAGUUGUCCUUCAAGAGUUUCAAUGGUUUUACCUUGAUCAAUGCAUUCAAAAUUAACACAAUCAUGCCAUACUAAUUCAGUGAACAAUAAAUGACUUCACUCCUCAACUCGAUUUGGCCAUCAAAAUGAAAGGUGUCAGAUUUGCCUUGAUUUCAUAUGGAAUUGCUUCACAACAACACAACGUUCAUUAUUUAUGUGUAAAUGUCACUGUAACAUAUUUAAAUUAAAUUUGGAUUAUUUUCCAAUAUGCUGUACUGUAUGUGCUUCUCAACUUAGAUUUUUUGUUGUUGGUUUAUAUUUGUUGUUAUUUUCUGCUAAUACUAUGUAAAGCAGGGCCAACAUAAAGAAAAUGACUAUAAGAAUGAAUAAUAGACAUUCUUAGGUCUAAAGAUGCCUAAAUGUGGGGAAAUUAAACCUUUGUUUUAUUUAUUUUUAUUGCCUUAACCCUUUGAGUAGGUUUGUUUGAAUAUAUGUAUGUACAGAAGGAGACACACACAGACACACGAAAUCAACAUUAUUAAAUCCGAAAUUGAAAUUUUGUUCCAGCAUUCUGUCCACGUAUAGAUGUGGAACUGCCACCUCAUUUGACAGACAGGUAUAUUUUAAUUGCAUUAUCUAAAUAUUCAAUGGUAAUGUGGUAGGCAAAGCCACAGGGACGCAGUUGAAGGAAAUGGUAAUUGACAUGCUUUACAAAAAAAAACAAACAAAAAAAAGAUGUAAAUAUGUGCAGGGAGUAUCUCAUUGUUUCAAAGUCUAAAUCUGUAUAAAUAUAUAUUAUUUAAACUGUGUAAUUAUUCUGUACUAUGUGAUAUAAGGUUUUCUGUAAUUUCCACCAGGAUGUCCAAUUAUAAAGAACCACAUUACCGGAAUAAAGUACAAGACAACCAAUGUUAUGUCAACAAAAUUCAAAUAAUUCAUUUUAUGUUCCAUGACAGGUGGUCUUCACCAUACUGGAGCUCCAUGUUAUUUAAUAUCUGUUCAUUGUUGCCUCAAUGAGCCAACUAGGCAUAUAAUGUACAUUACUAAUGUUUCUGAAUUAAAUUCAUCACCAUGCAGUACUUGUACUUAAAGGGUUAAGUGUCAGUUGACUUGAAGACUGUGUUGUGAUAGUUCUCUGUAACUUCUUAAGUUAAUAAAUAUUUCAGUUGUUUACUUUAA